GAACCGCCUUCGCCUGGCAGCGUCUGAGGCCGCGGUCCGCAGCGUCCUGUGACUCCUGCCGCGACUCGAGCCUGGGCCGGGGCUUCUGGGCGAACAGGGCCUGGUACCCGAGCGUCAGUGCGAAGGGGUCCUGCCCCCAGGGUCGCUGUGGGUUGGCCCAGCAGGCCGGGUCUCCUGGGUUCUGUCAGGCUCUCUGAACGCAGGCCUAGCGGCACCUGUGCUAUGGAAACGGUGUGGACCCUCUGCGUGGCCUUGGCCGCAGGCCUGGCCGCCGACAGCCAACCUAACAUUGUGCUCAUCUUUGCUGAUGAUCUGGGCUAUGGGGACCUGGGCGCCUAUGGGCACCCCAGUUCCACCACCCCCAACCUGGAUCAGCUGGCUGCAGGGGGGCUGCGGUUCACAGACUUCUACGUGCCCGUGUCUUUGUGCACACCCUCUAGGGCUGCCCUCCUCACUGGCCGGCAUCCCGUCCGGAUGGGCAUGUACCCUGGAGUCCUGGAACCCAGCUCCCGGGGAGGCCUGCCCCUGGAAGAGGUGACCCUGGCUGAGGUCCUGGCCUCCAGUGGCUACCUUACAGGGAUGGCCGGCAAGUGGCACCUUGGGGUGGGACCACAAGGGGCCUUCCUGCCUACUAAUCAGGGCUUCCAUCGAUUCCUGGGCAUCCCGUACUCCCAUGACCAGGGCCCCUGCCAGAACAUGACCUGCUUCCCACCAGCCACCCCAUGUCACGGCGGCUGUAACCAGGGCAUAGUUCCUAUCCCACUGCUGGCCAAUCUGUCUGUGGAAGCACAGCCCCCCUGGCUGCCUGGAUUAGAAGCCCGCUAUGUGGCUUUUGCCCGAGACCUCAUGUCCGACGCCCAGCGCCAAGAUCGUCCAUUCUUCCUCUACUAUGCCUCCCAUCACACCCACUAUCCUCAGUUCAGUGGGAAGAACUUUACAGGGCGCUCGGGUCGCGGGCCAUUUGGGGACUCCCUGAUGGAGCUGGAUGCCGCUGUGGGGGCCAUAAUGACAGCCGUGGGGGACCUUGGGCUGCUCGGAGAGACGCUGGUCAUCUUUACUGCAGACAAUGGACCUGAGACGAUGCGCAUGUCCCGUGGUGGCUGCUCUGGUCUCCUGAGAUGUGGAAAGGGGACAACCUUCGAGGGUGGUGUCCGAGAGCCUGCUUUGGCCUUCUGGCCGGGCCACAUCGCUCCUGGUGUGACCCAUGAGCUGGCCAGCUCUCUGGACCUGAUGCCCACCCUGGCAGCCCUGAGUGGGACCUCACUGCCCAACGUCACUUUGGAUGGCUUUGACCUCAGCCCUGUGCUGCUGGGCACAGGCAAGAGCCCUCGGAAGUCUCACUUCUUCUAUCCUGCCUACCCAGACGAGAUCCAUGGGGUCUUUGCUGUGCGAAGUGGGAAAUACAAAGCUCACUUCUACACCCAAGGUUCUGCCCAUAGUGACACCACUGUGGACCCUGCCUGCCAUGCCACCAGCCCGCUGACUGCUCACGAGCCCCCACUGCUCUAUGACCUGUCUAAGGACCCUGGUGAGAACUACAACCUUCUGGAGGGUACUACUGAAGUCACCCCAGAGGUGCUGCGGGCAGUGAAGCAGCUUCAGCUGCUCAAGGCCCAGUUUGAUGCAGCCAUGAAGUUUGGCCCUAGUCAGAUGGCCCGGGGUCAGGACCCUUCCCUGCAAAUCUGCUGCAAGCCCAGAUGUACUCCCUACCCAGUCUGCUGCCAAUGCCCAGAACUCCAGCCCAGAGGACACUGACCAGGUGCACAGGGAAGACCCCCAGGGCCAACCUAGGGCCCCCUCCAUGCCCUUGGCACGUGGUGGUUUAUCACCAUGAGGGCAUGUGGAGGAGUUUAUGCCUGAUAAUGUAAUAACACCAACUAAGACUUGCAGGUAUGGUAAUUCAGCUACUGCUUGUGGUAACUCUGGUGAUAUUCCCCUGUUACUAAUAAAGAAACUGAGGCACAGGAAA